CAUCUGCUUACUGAGAUUUAGCCACAGGACACCAGGGAGAAAAAGAGAGCAGCUGAAUAGUGAAAGGAUGUUUUCUCUGUUCUGGAGGAUCCUGCUGGAGCUCUUACUGGUUUGGUGGAUGUUUGAAGGGGUCAUCAGGUGUGUGUUUAGUAAGGAGCUGAAAUCGCCCAGCAGCAGGGUGAAGCCCAUGUCACCAUCGGAUUUUCUGGAUAAAUUAAUGGGAAAAACAUCUGGAUAUGAUGCUCGCAUCAGGCCUAACUUUAAAGGUCCUCCGGUAAAUGUUACUUGCAACAUUUUUAUCAACAGCUUUGGUUCCAUCACAGAGACCACCAUGGAUUAUCGGCUGAACAUUUUUCUACGACAGCAGUGGAAUGACCCACGGCUGGUUUAUAAAGAGUAUCCAGAUGAUUCCCUGGAUCUGGACCCAUCCAUGCUGGACUCCAUCUGGAAGCCAGACUUGUUCUUCGCCAAUGAGAAAGGCGCCAACUUUCACGAGGUCACCACGGACAACAAACUGCUGAGGAUUUUCCAGAAUGGAAACGUGCUGUAUAGCAUCAGACUCACUCUGAUUCUGUCGUGUCCUAUGGAUCUGAAGAAUUUUCCAAUGGACACACAGACCUGCACUAUGCAGUUAGAGAGCUUUGGCUACACUAUGAAUGAUCUGAUAUUUCAGUGGUUGGAUGAAGGCCCAGUGCAAGUGGCUGAUGACCUUGUGCUGCCCCAGUUUGUCCUGAAAGAGGAGAAAGAUCUGGGAUACUGUACAAAACACUACAACACUGGUCAAUUCACCUGUAUAGAGGUGAAAUUUCAUCUAGAGAGGCAGAUGGGUUACUACCUGAUCCAGAUGUACAUUCCCAGCCUCUUAACAGUUAUCUUGUCAUGGGUCUCCUUCUGGAUCAACAUGGAUGCCGCCCCGGCCCGUGUUGGCCUGGGCAUCACUACAGUUCUCACAAUGACAACACAGAGCUCUGGAUCCAGAGCAUCACUGCCUAAGGUGUCCUAUGUGAAGGCCAUUGACAUCUGGAUGGCAGUGUGCUUGCUGUUCGUCUUUGCUGCUUUGCUGGAGUACGCAGCAGUUAACUUUGUCUCUCGGCAACAUAAAGAAUUCUUCAGACUGAGGAGAAAACUGCGGGAAGAGCAACGCUAUAGAGCUGCAUCUGGUCAGGCUGGAGGAGCAGAGAUGAAGAACAAAAGCAACAAUGUCACAGAGAGUACGCCAAGCAGAAGCACACAACGCCACUGCAGUGCCUGUGCACGGGUAUAUGCACCCACAAAUUAA